CCUCCUCCCGUCCCCGCAACCCCGCGUCGCUCCGCAGCACCGAGCGGCGCGGCGCUCUCCCCGCCCCUCAGCGCCGCAGCAGGCCGAACGGCGGCGGCGGCGGGGUCACGGCGGCGGCCGGGUCAGAGGGUAAAGGUUGCUCCCCCAGCAUCCUCCGUGCUGGAUACUCAGCCAUCUUGGAUCCGCGGGACAAGAAAAUUCAUGCGGUGACAAACAGCAUGUUUGGUGCUUCAAGGAAGAAGUUUGUAGAGGGGGUUGAUGGUGACUACCAUGAUGAAAACAUGUAUUACAGCCAAUCAUCGAUGUUCCCACAUCGGUCAGAAAAAGAUAUGCUGGCAUCACCAUCAACAUCAGGUCAGCUGUCUCAGUUUGGGGCAAGUUUAUACGGGCAACAAAGUGCACUAGGCCUUCCAAUGAGGGGAAUGAGCAACAAUACCCCUCAGUUAAAUCGCAGCUUAUCACAAGGCACUCAGUUACCGAGCCACGUAACGCCAACAACAGGGGUACCAACAAUGUCACUUCACACGCCUCCAUCUCCGAGCAGGGGGAUAUUGCCUAUGAAUCCUAGGAAUAUGAUGAACCACUCCCAGGUUGGUCAGGGCAUUGGAAUUCCCAGCAGGACAAACAGCAUGAGCAGUUCAGGGUUAGGCAGCCCCAACAGAAGCUCUCCAAGCAUAAUAUGUAUGCCAAAGCAGCAACCCUCUCGACAACCUUUUACUGUGAACAGUAUGUCUGGAUUUGGGAUGAACAGAAAUCAGGCAUUUGGAAUGAAUAACUCCUUAUCAAGUAACAUUUUUAAUGGAACAGAUGGAAGUGAAAAUGUGACAGGACUGGACCUCUCAGAUUUUCCAGCACUAGCAGACAGAAACAGAAGGGAAGGAAGUGGCAAUCCAACUCCAUUAAUAAACCCUUUAGCUGGAAGGGCUCCCUAUGUUGGAAUGGUAACAAAACCAGCAAGUGAGCAGUCCCAGGACUUUUCAAUACACAAUGAAGAUUUUCCAGCAUUACCAGGCUCCAGCUACAAAGACCCAACAUCAAGUAAUGAUGAUAAUAAAUCUAAUUUGAAUACAUCAGGCAAAACAUCAUCCAGCACAGAUGGGCCCAAGUUUCCUGGAGAUAAAAGUUCAACUACGCAAAACAACAACCAGCAGAAAAAAGGGAUCCAGGUGUUACCUGAUGGUCGGGUUACCAACAUUCCUCAAGGGAUGGUGACGGACCAGUUUGGAAUGAUUGGCUUGUUAACAUUCAUCAGGGCAGCAGAGACAGAUCCAGGAAUGGUACAUCUUGCAUUAGGAAGUGAUUUAACAACACUAGGUCUCAAUCUCAACUCUCCUGAAAAUCUUUAUCCCAAAUUUGCAUCACCUUGGGCAUCAUCACCUUGUCGACCUCAAGACAUAGACUUCCAUGUUCCAUCUGAAUACUUAACUAACAUUCACAUUAGGGAUAAGCUGGCUGCAAUAAAACUCGGCCGAUAUGGAGAAGAUCUCCUGUUUUAUCUCUAUUACAUGAAUGGAGGAGAUGUAUUACAGCUAUUAGCAGCAGUAGAGCUAUUUAACCGGGAUUGGAGAUACCACAAAGAAGAACGAGUAUGGAUCACCAGAGCACCCGGAAUGGAGCCAACAAUGAAAACCAAUACAUACGAGAGGGGAACAUAUUACUUCUUUGACUGUCUUAACUGGAGGAAAGUAGCUAAGGAGUUCCAUCUGGAAUAUGACAAAUUAGAAGAAAGGCCUCAUCUGCCAUCAACCUUCAACUACAACCCUGCUCAGCAAGCCUUCUAAAGACUUCCCUUUUCUUGGGGUAUGGCUGUCUCAGCACAAUACUCAACAUAACUGCAGAACUGAUGUGGCUCAGGCAUCCUGGUUUUAAUUCCUUGAGGAUCUGGCAAUUGGCUCAUGCGAAGGGUCACCAUUUGAGGUCCUGCCUUACUAAUUAUGUGCUGCCCAACAACUAAAUUUGUAAUUGUUUUUCUUUAGUUUGAGCAGGGUCUGAAUUUUUGUUUUUGUUUUAUUUUUGCCAGCAGACAAGCUUGGGUCUGUAAAGACAAGCGAGUACACUGACAAAAGUUUACCACUUAGUUUUCCAAAAUGUAAAAAGACAAAAAAUAAGAAAAAAGACAAAAAAUUAGACAACAAAAUUUGCAUUGUUCAUUGUAGCACUAUUGGUAAUAAAAAAUGUUUGUGCAUUUUUAUGUGAAGAUCCUUCUCGUAUUUCAUUUGGAAAGAUGAGCAAGGUUUGCUUCCUUCAUUUUACUUCCCCUUCUGUUUUUGAAAGGCAGUUUUCGCCAAGCUUAAUGCAAGAAUAUCUGACUGUUUAGAAGAAAGAUAUUGCCACAGUCUCUGGUUAGUUUCCAGAGUUGUGUAUUACUGAGCUUCAUCUUUCCAGAAUGAGCAAAACACUGUCCAGUCUUUGUUACGAUUUUGUAAUAAAUGUGUACAUUUUUUUUAAAUUUUUGGACAUCACAUGAAUAAAGGUAUGUAUGUACGAAUGUGUAUAUAUUAUAUAUAUGACAUCUAUUUUGGAAAAUGUUUGCCCUGCUGUACCUCAUUUUUAGGAGGUGUGCAUGGAUGCAAUAUAUGAAAACGGGACAUUCUGGAACUGCUGGUCAGGGGACUACUUUGUCGCCCUGUGCACUAAAGGGCCAGAUUUUCAGCAGCCAAGGACAUCCAUACCCAAGUGAAUGUGAUGGGACUUAAGUGAACUGAGACAAUUCACUCUGGCUGUUUGAACAGCAGCGUUUCAUAGGAAGAGAAAAAAAAGAUCAAUCUUGUAUUUUCUGACCACAUAAAGGCUUCUUCUCUUUGUAAUAAAGUAGAAAAGCUCUCCUCACUGCA